CCUGUAAUAAAAAUUCAACACCAUGAGCGCACUCUUAAUGUUCCGCUCCGUCCGCCGGAUCACACCUCAGCUGUGGACACGCUCUUCAUCCUGCUUGACCAGCCAACUUCAAAUCCCAACUCUUCAUCACACCGUUCCCGAACGCUCAACGCUCCACUGGCAAGUCACCAUCACCAGCCUGCGCUUCGUCACGACCAACCCGAACGACUUCAUCGCCGCGUCCCUCAUCGAUUCCGUAACGUUCGAGGCGGUCUGCUCGGACACGCUCGAAUCGCUGUGCGACUACUUCGAGCAGCUGGUCGAGGAGACGAGCUCGCUGAAGGCGGCCGACGUGACGUACGGGGACGGCGUCCUCACGGUGAACCUGGGCCAACCGUACGGAACGUACGUGAUCAAUCGGCAAUCGCCGAACCGGCAGAUUUGGCUCAGCUCGCCCACGAGUGGACCCAAGCGGUACGACUUUGUUCCGGACAAGUCCACGGUGAACGAGGGCUGCUGGGUGUACAAGCACGACGGGGUUUCGUUGCACGAGCUGUUGCAGGAGGAGAUUGGCGCGAUAACGAAGGGGGAGGUGCAGUUUCUGGAGCUGCCGCACAGUAGGAGGAAGUAGGAGU